AUGCCCGAUCCCCAGCCUCGAGAGGCUCGACCAAGGGCCUUGACUCGGAGGAUCACCAGCGCCGCCGUCAGUCUGCAGAAGACAUUAAGCGGCGGCGCGGACAAGCAUGGCGACAUUUCAACCUGGAACCCCGCCCUGGGAGAAGCUCAUCAAGAUCUCACCUCCCUAACACGAGCUCCUAUUUCCUCAUCCAAACGGAAUGGCAAGCAAAUGGCGUUGGACCCUAGCAAAAAUGGCGAAAUUGGUUGGAGGAAAUACGUCAAGUACUUCACACCAUCAUGGUUUACCGUGACGAUGGGAACAGGCAUCGUCGCGAGCCUGCUGAAUCAGUUCCCCUACGGCGCAAGAUGGCUGUACUGGCUUUCAGUCAUCGUCUUCUGCUUGAACAUCGGGCUCUAUGUCUUCUUCCUCUUCGUGUCCGUCCUACAGUUCGUCCUGUUCCCACCGAUGUGGAUUACCUUGCCUGAACGACCGAACCAAGCAUUCUUCUUGAGCGCCAUACCCAUGAGUCUUGGGACCAUUGUCAAUAUGAUGGUGUUCGUUUGCGUGCCUGCAUGGGCAGAAUGGGUGAUCUAUCUAUCAUGGGGAUUGUGGAUGGCAGACGCGGCGCUGUGUCUGAUCUGCGCCUUGUUUCUGCCUUUCCUCCUUGUCAUCGGCCGACAAGAAGAAACGCCGCUCUCAACAAUAACAGCUCUACAGAUGUUCCCGGUCAUCGGGACAGUCGUCGCAUCGGCGACUGCAGCCCUCGUCGCCGAUGUUCUACCGAACAAUCAACAGGCCCUUGCUACCGUACUGAUCGGCUAUAUCCUCCUUGGCGUCGGCCUCCCGACGGCUAUAUUCAUCCUGAUCAUGUACUGGCAACGUCUAACAGUCUACAAGCUGCCGCCUCGCGAGGUUAUCGUGUCCUGCUUCGUCCCUCUCGGACCCUUCGGCAUGGGCAGCUUUUCCAUUAUGAAACUCGGGGCAGUAGCAAUGAAGGUGUUUCCUCAGACGAAGAGCAUACAUCCUCUGGCUGGCGACUUUGCUUACAAUUUUGGGGUGCUCUUUUCGUUAAUCAUGUGGGGCUUCGCGUUGUUGUGGCUAUUUCUUGCAGUCGCCACGAUAUACCACGCCAAAAGCUUUCCAUUUAACAUGGGAUGGUGGGGGUUCACUUUUCCCAUCGGCACAUUCGCCUUAGCAUGCAACACGCUCGCGAAAGAGAUACCCUCCGAGUUCUUUCGAGUCAUUGGCUCCAUGGUGUCUGUUUCCGUCUUCCUCCUGUGGCUUCUCGUCGCAUAUGCGACCCUGCGAGAUGUCAUCACUGGCGGCAAAAAGUUAUUCAAGGCGCCUACUCGACAGGUCAGCAAAAUCAAUGACAAAGCACCUGAUAAGUUCGAGGAUGGGGAAAAGCUCGUCUGA